GCCCAGCAACCACAAUCAUCCCAGCUGAUCAGCCACUUCUACUCACUCCCUUCUGGUUGCCUCCUCACGAGACUUUCUACUCUUUACAGACCAGCACUUAAUCUACUGUUGGAUUUUUUUUUUCUUUAUUCUUCAUGAUACAACUUCACAAUUGAAGGAAGCUGGAGGCUGCCACUCACAAGUUAGCUACCUGAGUGUACCUGUUGCCUUCACCUGAUCCCUCUCACCGCUGAUCUGCUGGAUCCUCUGGACUGAGUGCUGUCUGCUCUGGCUGCAGAGCUGCCGUCUUCCUCACAGGAGUCCUGAAGACCUGUUUUUUAGGAAUUUGGCUGAAAGAAAAACAAACCGUCACUAUGCUGCGGGAAGCUUUUACAAGUGUGACCAAACUCCACGGUUACAUAAUAUCCAGAACUGAUGGCAGAGUGAAGGAUUACCCUCUGAUGCAGAGUCCUGUGCAGAUGACUGGCAUCCUCCUGAUUUAUGUCAUCUUCUCUGUGUACGUCGGCCCACGCAUGAUGGCCAACCGCAAGCCAUUCGCCCUCAACAGACCAAUGAUCAUCUACAACCUCAGCAUGGUUUUGCUGAAUGCCUACAUAGUGUAUGAGUUCAUGAUGUCUGGAUGGGCCACCACCUUCACAUGGAAAUGUGACCUUAUUGAUCUCAGCACCAGCCCACAAGCUCUCAGGAUGGUCCGAGCAGCUUGGUUGUUUUACUUUUCAAAAUUCAUCGAGCUCCUCGACACUGUAUUCUUUGUGCUGAGAAAGAAGCAAAGCCAGAUCACUUUUCUGCACGUCUUCCAUCACUCAUUCAUGCCCUGGUCAUGGUGGUGGGGUGUUACACUGACUCCUGCUGGAGGAAUGGGAUCCUUCCAUGCUAUGGUGAACGCAGGGGUCCAUGUCAUCAUGUACACCUACUACGGACUCUCUGCUGCAGGGCCUCGCUUCCAGAAGUAUCUGUGGUGGAAGAAGCACAUGACAGCCAUCCAGCUGACCCAGUUUGUUCUGAUCUCCGUUCACAUCAGCCAGUAUUAUUUCAUGGAGAAGUGCGACUACCAGAUGCCACUCUGGAUCCAUCUGAUCUGGAUGUAUGGCAUCUUCUUCUUCCUCCUCUUCUCCAACUUCUGGGUGCAGGCUUACAUUAAGGGCAACCGGCUUCCUGUUGCAGACUAUAAGCCAAACCAGAAUGGCUCCACCAAUGGACACAUUGCAAUGAAUGGCAAACACCAUGCAAACGGUCAUGCUCACCCAUAUGAAAAUGGUAACAUAGUCAUGGGGAAAGUGAAGGAAAUUUAACUGACUCUGGGUGGGGGAAAGGAGACAUGGGCGGUUAGUAGAUAUCACCACCUCAAAUGUGCCACACAUCUAUAUCUAGUAGCAUAUUUGAGUGCAGUAAUUUAAUAUGCUACCUCUAAACUAGAGAAUUUGUAUAUAAUCUUAUAUUUUAUUGAAUUAUCACCCCUGCGGGAUAUGAUUGGCAGACCUGUUUUAUGCCAUUGAUCUCUGAAUGCAACACCCUGUACGUUGUUGCAGAAGCUGUUUACUGUGAUGAACACUGAAUGGAAAAUUGGUGCUCAUUUUGUCACUGAUAGUAUUCUUUAACUCAGGCUUGACCUGCAGCACUGUUCGGCUUAACAAGGCCCUUUUGUUGCUUGGGAGUAUGGCAAUGUUUCCACUAAACACAAGUAUGUGUAAAUAUUACUAUGAACUUCAUGCAUAAGUGUUUUUCAUUGUAAAUGUCAAAUAUUAAGGUUUUUUUUUUCUUUUUUAUUUAUCUUUUGAAAUAAAUCAAAUAUAAAGGUCUGUUUCAUUUAGAAAGUAGUGAUUAUGUGCACUGAGUGAGCAACAUGCCACAUCUAAUUUUUUAUGAAGAACUAUAGAAUUAUUAUACUGUAUAUUACAGUAUUGAUGCAUUUAAUUUUGCCUUUUUGUGACGGUGACACAUACACUGUUAUACAUGUCCUUCCAUACAUUCUUUCAAGACUCUGUAUUGAUCGAUCUCUCAGUACACAGGGCAUGACAUCAAUGAAGUUUUUUUUGUUUUAAAGCUUUAAUGAUUUGUGCAAACGGCUGUGAAAAUAAAUCUAUCAAUGUUUGUGUUUUGUUUUCCAGUGCAGCUGUUACUGUCAUAAAAAUACAAAGUUCUACAUAUAACCUAUUAACUUGUAUGGAAAUAAAAUAUUCCCUGAA